CUGCAUCUACAUAAGUCAGAUGAGAGGGCAGCCCCUCUGCUGUUCCCUUACAGCUCCCUCAAUAAGACUUUGUUGCGACAUGAGGCUCUGAGGCGUUUUCUCCGCACUUAUGUCUAACUUCAGCCAUGUUCUGUCUCCUGUGUUGCCUCUGACGAGCUUUGGCAACGUGCUGUUGUUUCUUUUCAGCAUUGCCCUUGGCGCGGCGAUCAUCUACCUGAACGUGUCUGUGUUCCUCUCCAUCCUUCUGAGCAGGUCGCUGCGCAGCGAGAACCGCUUCAUGUACAUGCUGAGCACCUGCCUCAGUGACAUCUGCACCGGCGUCUCUUAUUAUUACGCCGGCGUGCUCGACGUGAAAGAUCAUUUCCAGUCCCCAACCCGCACGUUUUACAUUGUGCCCACGUUUCUUGGCCUCUCCUUCAUGGCCAUCCUGGCCGCGCAGGCGGACCGGUACCAUGCCGUUACAUCUCCUUUUAAAUAUUCCCAGCGCAUGACCAGAAACAGAACCCUGUCAGUUAUCUUCGCCUACUGGUUCUAUGCGUUCUUCAUCGUGGCUGUGCAGAACCUGGUCCCGAUAGGGACAGCUACUAAGAUCACCAGCAUCGGUACAUUUAUCGGGAACAUUUUCGUUGUGGUUAUAAUGAUAGGUCUGAACAUCAGGCUGUUUAUCAUCGCCACCUUCCAGCUGGGCAGGGAGCCGCCCUCUGAGGAGAGGGACAACAAGCGCUCCUCGGUGUAUCUCAUUCUGGUGGUGGCUGUGUUUUUCCUGGCGGCCUGGAUCCCCUUGUUCUGUCAUAUUAUCGCCUGUAAUUUCAUUGGCACCAUCUGCUACACCUUUGGGAAUGAAGGCACCGAUCCUCUUCGCAUUUUGCCCAGGGUCAACGCCGCUCUGACCCCUGUUCUGUACUUGAGAGGGUGCAAAGCGCUGAGAGUGGCGCUCUUCUCCACAGUGUGGAGACCCUGUUGUAAAAACAGGCUACUUCACCGACAGCUUGGCCCCACUAAGCAUCCAGACCCGGCUUAGUUGAGAGGUUGGAUGGAUUUUUAGGUCAGCAUUCUUUGCUAACUGCCAUAUUUGUUUUGUUUUGUUUUUUUCUUGUGUGCUUUUUGUUGGAAGUUGUUCCAUAUUUCAGCUGGUCUUGAUAGGUUGAUUUAUUCAAUGUCCAAUGGAGAUUAAAACUGAGUAGUGAUCACAUU